AUGGCGUCUCAAAACAGUGAUGAGUCAUUUCAGCUCUAUGACCUCCGCGUCGAAGUAGUCUGCCCACCUGGUCGCCGGAUCAUGUGUGGCGCCAAAGACGGGGACUACUUUAUGCUUCAGGGUGAGAUGUUGUACCUGCCUCCGAAUCAAGGCUUCAGCAUAUACAGUCUGGAAUUACUGCAAGAAACGAUUGGAUCACGUCCGAGGCUCUGGUUGCUUGUCCAGAUGCACACUGCCCUUCACAGCUUCGAAUUGUACGACAAGGCCUCCGGACGUUUGGCCAUUCUGAGACGACGCUAG